AUGGAGGACUUCGAUGACACCUCCCAAAUGUCUAGAGCUUCAGAUUCCAAACCGCCCAUGUCUACUUUCUCACAGUCCAAGAUUCUAAAGUCGGCGUCGUUGUCUGUGGAAUCAGGUAGGGAGGGACAGACUUUUGAUCGCUCCUCAACCGUGUCUGAGGACAAUUAUCUCAAAGAAGUGGAGGCCAUAAGCACAGAUGAGGCAGAGGAUGCUGCCGCUGCCACUGACCGACCGUGCUGGGACAAUAAGAUGGAGUACCUCUUGGCCCAGGUGGGCUUCUCCGUGGGGCCGACCUCCAUCUGGCGCUUUCCUUAUCUGUUUUAUCACAAUGGACGUGGGAGCUUUCUCCUCAUCUACAUCUUUAUGCUGCUCUUCAUCGAGAUCCCUCUGCUCCUGCUGGAGAUGGCGGCUGGCCAGAGGAUGCGCAAGGGCAGCAUUGGCGUGUGGAAGGUCAUCAGUCCCUGGACUGGUGGCGUGGGGUACACCAAUUUCGUGGUCUGCUUCAUCGUGGGCUUGUACUACAGCACGUUCGUAGCUUGGUGUCUCUUCUGCUUGGUUGAGUCUUUUCAGUUGCCACUGCCUUGGGCAAUGUGCCCGUUGCUGAGGAACUCCAGUAAUUUUGAUCCCAAAUGCACACGGACAAAUCCCACCACCUACUUCUGGUACGAGCAAGCCUUGAAGGCCACGGACGAAAUCGAGAUCGGCGGGCUGCCUGUCAUGCAUCUCGGCGUCUCUCUCUUUGUGACCUGGUUAGUGGUCUGCAUCUCCAUGAUCAAAGGGCUCAAGUCCACCAGGAAGGUGCCGGCCCUGUACUCUCUGAAAGUGUGGAGUCACACAAGCUACCACCUCUUCCUGUCCAUGGGCUCCGGCUUGGGCGGCUUCACCGCCAUCAGCUCCUACGUGACCCGGUCCAACAAUUGUGUCGUGGAUGCCUUAACCGUGUCCCUGCUCAACCUGCUGACCUCAGUGAUGGCCACGAUGUUUGUAUUUGCCAUAAUGGGCCACCUGGCCACACAGGCCAACGAACAGUGUUACCUGAAGAAUGCUGAGCAAGUGAUGAAUCUGGUGUCUGCCGGGCUGCUGCCCCCUGAGCUCGGCCUCCCUGACGGCCUGCAUCGAGACUUGAGCUCCAGCUACCCAAUGUGGUUCGGCGCGCUCCCGGAACGGGUCAGAAGCGAGCUUGUACCCUAUUUGUCCAAUUGUGAAUUAUCUCAGCAGUUGGAGAAGGUGAUAAAGGGUCCAGGUGUGCCCCUCGUGGCCAUUACCAUCAUCACCUCUGUGUUUUCCGAAUCCCCCUGGUGGGCCGUCAUCAUCUUCGUGUUUCUGGUGACCAUGGGACUGAGCACCAUGAUAGGGAUCUUGCAGGGCAUCGUCACCCCCCUCCAGGACACCUUCUCGUCCACUAGGAAACACCCAGAGAUGCUCACAGUGGGCCUCUGUGUGCUCAUGUUCCUGGGCAGCCUCGUGUUCGUGAGGCCCUCGGGCAGCUACUACGUGACCCUGCUGGACGAUUACUGGGCGCCUCUCUCCGUCACCUGCAUUCUCAUCCUGGAGAACGUGGCCAUAGCCUGGAUCUAUGGGGCCAGGAGGUUCCUCGCAGACCUGAUUAUCAUACUGGGCCGCCCCAUCUUCCCGAUCUAUUACUGGCUGUGGUGCUAUGUGACACCCUUUAUGCUGCUAACCCUGUUGGCCAGUACCCUUCACUCCCUGCAUCUGACUCCCACCACCUACUUGGCCUGGAACUCCAGCACGUCCACUGAAAUAGUCCGCCGUUAUCCAUCAUGGGCCAAAGUCUUGCUCACAAUCCUCAGUGCCAUUACCGUCCUGCCUAUCCCUGCCUACUUCUUGUAUAUACUCUUGCACGAGUGUUCCCCAGUCUCCAAGAUGCGCAGCCAGUCCUUGGUUAUCUUUACACCCAAAGCUGAAAGGACGUCAUCAGAGCACCGUCCACGGCUUCCUGUGGGCCAAAGCAAAAAGAAGAAUAAAAUCCGUACCCGGGAAAAACCACUUUCUGCCAUGUAA